GGAGCGGUUAGUCGAGUGGAGAAGCCGCUGGGGGAAGGAUCGCCGACGAUCACCCUUCAUCGUUAAAACCUUCAGCUGAUUCCGGAAAAACAGUCUGAAGCUUGGAAAUAUACGAUCCUAUAAAGCCAAGGUCCUAAGAGUAUAAGCAAUGUCAGGAAAACUCCAGGGUCUGCUGGUAGUGAGUGCCAUACUCAGUCUGGCAAAUGGAUCUGGAUACUCCACCAAACCAAACAUAGUGAUAAUACUGAUAGAUGAUAUGGGUAUGAACGAUGUGAGUUUUCAUGGAUCGAAUCAGAUUCUCACACCCAACAUCGAUGCCCUGGCCUACAAUGGUAUUCUACUCAACAAGCACUAUGUUCCAAAUUUGUGCACUCCAUCUAGGGCCACCCUUCUAACCGGAAAAUAUCCCAUACACACAGGAAUGCAGCACUUUGUUAUUAUAACCGAUGAACCCUGGAGUCUUCCUCAGCGAGAGCGUCUGAUGCCGGAACUUUUCCGGGAGGCGGGCUACUCCACCCAUUUGGUGGGAAAGUGGCACUUGGGCUUCUGGCGGAAGGACCUUACUCCCACAAUGCGGGGAUUUGACCAUCACUUUGGCUAUUACAACGGGUACAUUGACUAUUACGACCAUCAGGUUCGAAUGCUCGACAGGAACUAUUCGACGGGUCUGGACUUCCGAAGGGAUCUUGAACCCUGUCCCGAAGCAAAUGGAACCUACGCCACGGAAGCCUUCACCUCCGAAGCAAAAAGGAUUAUUGGGGAGCACGAUAAGAGCAAACCGUUGUUCUUGGUGCUCAGUCAUUUGGCAGUUCACACGGGCAACGAGGAUAAUCCGAUGCAGGCUCCUGAGGAGGAGGUGGCCAAAUUUGCCCACAUCAAGGAUCCCAAGCGACGCACUUACGCUGGUAUGAUUUCCAGUCUGGACAAGAGUGUGGCUCAGACGAUUGGUGCCCUAAAGGAUAAUGGCAUGCUGAAUAACACCAUCAUUUUGCUCUACUCGGACAAUGGAGCGCCCACGGUCGGCAUUCACUCCAACGCUGGUUCUAACUAUCCUUAUCGAGGGCAAAAGGAAACGCCUUGGGAGGGUGGCAUUCGAUCGGCUGGAGCUUUAUGGAGUCCGCUGCUGAAAGAGCGAGGUUAUGUGUCCAACCAGGCUAUUCAUGCCGUAGAUUGGCUGCCCACAUUGGCCGGUGCUGCCGGGGUAUCCUUGCCACAGGAUCUUCAGCUGGACGGGAUUAAUCUCUGGCCUUCUCUGAGCGGCAAUGAAGAACCAAAGCCUAGAACGAUGAUACAUGUGUUGGACGAAGUUUUCGGUUACUCUUCGUACAUGAGAGACAAUCUAAAGUAUGUAAACGGAAGCAGUUUUGAGGGACAGUACGAUCAGUGGCUAGGUGAACUGGAGCCCAACGAAGACGAUCCCUUGAGUGAGAGCUACGGACAGCAUGUUCUGGAAUCGGAAGUUCAACGCGUCCUAGGAAAUCGGGGUUUAACCGAGGAUCGCAUCAGUCAAAUGCGAAGCGAAGCCACCGAGAAGUGUCCCCCUGUUGAAGGACAAAGUCCUCUAGACCCGAAAUUUAAAUGUGAGCCCCUAAAAGCCCACUGCUUUUUCGAUUUGGCAAAGGAUCCCUGCGAGCGAUACAAUUUGGCACAACUUUAUCCACUCCAACUGCAGGAACUUGCCGAAGAGGUGGAACAAGUGCGUCGGACUGCGAUUCCUAGCGCCCGAGUUCCCAUUCCCGAUCCACGGGCUGAUCCGGCCUACCACAACGGAAAUUGGGAGUGGUGGAAUAAUACGGAAACGGAUUCAAGUUCCGGUACUUGUUUGUUAAAUUCAUGGGUUAUGAUAGGAAGUAUUAUUAGCUUAGGAUUUAGAUAAUGAUUAUAGUGGUAAGAUCCGAGUAGUGUGAUUGUUAUAAAAAAUAAAUAAUUUCCAAUAACGUUUUGUAUUUACCUGUACCUAACUUUAAUUAUUUUCCAAAAAUAAUAUUUAACUCAAAUAUUUUGAGCUAUAUUUUUCAGAUGAGAUUUCGCUAAAAUUAAAUUGUAUAGGUACCAACAGUUGAUAAUAAAUAAUGUAAACAACUUGUGGAAAAAAGGUAAAAAAACCCGGGCUAAACUGAAAGCAAUGACCUAUAUUUUUCGUCUUUACGAUAUUGUGCAUGAUCGUUUUAUAAAUAGCUGUACCACAUUUUUGACAUGUUAAGCUUUUUUUAGUUUAUGAUAAAGGCACGUUGCCCAAAAAUAUGCAACGAUAACUUUAAGUUUCCUUUCGAAAUAUAAAUAACAAAGUAUUUUCUUCGUAAAAUGUUCCAUUAAAAGGGGCACACUUAUAUUUUUUAAUUGAUGAAUGGUAAAUUUCUUUGUAAAGUUUUCAUCAAUUAAAAUUGAGGAGCAUUUAGAAAAUAGUUUACACUUCAUUUUUCAAAGAGAAUUUUGUUGAACCAGUUCUAAUUAAGUCUUAUGGAGUGUUUAAAAUUAUUACCUUUUUACAAAUAUAAUGGUGGAAAGUUUUCUUAAUAGAUCUUGAGUUAAAAAAAAACAACCAAGCAACAA